AUGUCGGAUUCUUCAUUCACGAUCCGUACACGAAAGUUUAAGUCGAAUCGACUUUUAUCACGUCGACAAAUGGUUGUUGACGUUCUUCAUUCAGACCGUGCAUCGCUCUCUAAAAAAGAUAUCCGCGAAAAAGUGGCUCAACUCUACCGCACAACAACAGAUCUCGUCUUUUGUUUUGGUUUCAACACCAACUUUGGCGGUGGCAAAUCGACUGGUUUUGCAUUAAUCUAUGAUACACUUGAUUUUGCCAAGAAGUUCGAACCACGAUAUCGUCUUGCCCGUCAAGGUGUUGUCGAACCAAAGAAAACCGCCAGAAAACAACGUAAAGAACGUAAAAACCGUAUGAAGAAAGUCCGUGGUACAAAGAAAGCCGCUGUCAAAGAUGCCAAGAAGAAAUAA